UCGCUUGUCAGUUUCUGCUUCCUCUUCCCACGUAAACCAAAACACCCACAAUCCAAGCGAAAAAACCAGACCAGGAAUAUUACAAAGAAAAGAUGACGUUGCCCGAGUUCUUUGGCUGCACUUUCAUCGCCUUCGGACCGCCCUUCGCCCUGUUCGUCUUCACCAUCGCCAAUGACCCGGUGCGGAUCAUAAUCCUCAUAGCGGCGGCCUUCUUCUGGCUGCUAUCGCUGCUGAUCUCGUCCUUGUGGUACGCCAUCAUUCCGCUGAAGGACUUCAUCGCCUUCGGCGUGGUCUUCUCGGUGUUCUUCCAAGAGGGCUUCCGGUACAUUAUCUACAGGAUCCUGCGCAGCACGGAGCAAGGAUUGCACGCCGUGGCGGAGGAUACGAGAGUGACGGACAACAAGCACAUCUUGGCCUAUGUCUCCGGCCUGGGAUUCGGGAUUAUAUCCGGAAUGUUUGCGCUGGUCAAUGUGCUGGCUGAUAUGAGUGGCCCUGGAACCAUGGGCUUGAAAAGCGGAACGGAGCUUUUUUUCGUCACCUCGGCUGCCCAGGCUCUGUCCAUCAUCCUGCUGCACACCUUCUGGAGCGUCAUAUUCUUCAACGCCUUCGACACGAACAACUACCUCCACAUAGCCUAUGUGGUGGGCAGCCACCUGUUUGUCUCCCUGAUUACCCUGCUCAAUGCCAACGAGCUUUAUACCGCCACUCUGCUGAUCAACUACAUAGUCACCAUAUUCACGGGCGUCCUGGCCUUCCGAGUGGCUGGGGGAACAGCGCGCAGCUUCAGGAAAUUCAUAACAUGCCAAUGAACAAGCGCUUAGUAUUAGCCACCUAGUUAAUAGACUUCGGAUAUACUUAUUUAAAAUAAAAAAUUACCUUGUAUAUGCUCGAUAUGUAAUACUAUGGACUUAAAUCCCUAACACUUGAAGGAUACUUUGAAAAUACAAAUUUAACAACA